UUCCCCUUCUUCUACCAUGUCUCUGUCUAUCUGUGUUUUGUGGUGUUUUUUUUUUUCUUUCCCUCUAUUUUAUGAACUUCCCAUAUUAAACUUUCUAGUUGACAAUUUGAAUAAUUUUCGCGGAACAAUGGAAAGCGGAGAGAGAAGAGGGCCAAGGAGAAGAGAGGAUUAGGAUUUGGG